AAAAAAAAAAAGACACGUUACAAUUUUUUGUGUCAUCAGUUUUGUGUUUUGAUGGUAAAAAUUGACCACUCAUGACUUGUGGCCAAGGGCCGAACAAAAUCCUAUCACGGACCACAAAUGGUCCCCGGGCCACACUUUGGACACCCCUGCCAUAGACCUGACCUAUCCUAUCCUAUUCCAGGAACAUAAUGGGUCACUUUUAAAACAAACUUGCCAAACAAGAUGGCCGCCAUCUGCAUCCUGAUGGUUUCAGUAAUAGUAGACUUAUUGAAACCAUUUUGUAUGGAUUUUCUGCAUAUGAAGGUCUUUAGCAUCUAGAUGUUGCUAUUAGCUGUAAAUGAAGCUAAUAAGUCAGAGCAGAACGUGAACGUAGAGCUGUUGACCUUUAACCUGCUUUGCCUUGCAGCCAUGAGCCACCUGAAUGGCCAGCGGCUGCAUGGGAAACCUCUCCGGAUCACGCUGUCCAAACACACCAGCGUCCAGCUUCCUCGUGAAGGCCAUGAGGACCAGGGCCUGACCAAAGACUACAGCAACUCCCCGCUGCACCGCUUCAAGAAGCCCGGCUCCAAAAACUAUUCCAACAUCUUUCCUCCCUCCGCCACCCUGCACCUCUCCAACAUCCCCCCUUCUGUGGUUGAAGACGACCUGAAGAUGCUGUUUUCCAGCUCUGGAGCCAUCGUCAAGGCCUUCAAGUUCUUCCAGAAGGACCAUAAGAUGGCUCUGAUCCAGAUGGGUUCGGUGGAGGAAGCCAUCGACUGCCUCAUCACGUUCCAUAACCACGACCUGGGAGAGACGCACCACCUGCGCGUCUCCUUCUCCAAGUCGUCCAUCUGAGCCGGACAGUUUUUAUUUUUAUACGGCGUCCACUACACUCCAAUCAUUCCGAUGCAGAAACCACCACGAAGUCUGCUGUGAUGUUAAAUUAUUGUUUGGUUUUUGUUUGACUCUUUACCUUCAGAGAAAGGUAGGAUUAUCCCAUAAAUACGACACUUCAGAGGUGGUUCUCUGAAGUCCUGUAAUUAUUCUCUAAAAUCAGAGAAAAGUCAGUAUUCUGAGUUUUAACCGUUUGAUAAAAGGUCAGGUUGUCAGAAUUUAAUGUCCUCCUUGUUGGGAAGUUUUUAGCGUCUUCUGCCUUUCGACUUUUAAUCACGGAUUAAAGUCGGCCUUCACAAACCCUUCAGAACUGACUUUAACUCAGAACGAUCACUUUAGUCUCUGAUUCUCGCCUGGUUUAAUAAAAAAUUAAGGUUGUUAAAUGAUGACCCCAGUUUGGGAAGUCGUAGCUUCUGGUGUCACGUUUCACCCGGGCGUUCUCUAGAGACGCCUCUUUGACCUUAAAAUGACCCCUGUGCCUUAUUCUGACUCAAACACAAAAACGAAGCCUCUGAAUUGGCAAAAGCAGGUUUACAGUUGAUAAAGGUUUACUGUUGAGAUGUAUUACAGAUGUAUUCCUAUUUUUGUGUAUUUUAUUGGUGUUGUCAGUGCUUUCUGUUAGUGUUUUGUAAUGUUGGUUACUGUAGCAUCAAACAUGUGAACUGAGUGUUUUAGCAGCUUCGCUACGUCGUUUAGAUUUAACUUUUCUUUCUCGUCACUUUCUGGCUCUUUUCUUUCCCAAAUAUGCAAUCAUUAUGUAAUCAUAUAUUGUAGCAAUAUUUUAAUCAUUCCUGAGCUUUUGUUUUAUUUUCCUCGCUGUCGGAGAGCUCGGCCGUUUCUGCUGCCUUCUUCGACCCGAAGAUGAAUGUUUUUUGUUUUGUUAGUUGCGUGUCUCUCAGAACGUUUUUAAUUUAUACGUUUGUGAUCCACUACAGCUAAAACCAAAAACAGCCUUUUAGAUGCAAACAAUUCCACCUGCCUCAGGUUUCUGAUUUUUAAGGACUAAAAAAA